UUGAAAAGCUUCCCAAAACUUGACUCCUUACUGAUCUUGAAUUCUCGAGUGCCUCUGAAAACGUGACGUAUGAAAAGAAGGAUCUCAGGGGAUGAGUAUACGUAAGACCAUUACUGGGCUUAUCUGAUUCAUUCAUUUGGCUUUAGACUUUUGCAUUUGAAGUUGAUCUAGAUCAUAUCAAUACCUAACAUUUAAACCACCAUGCUACAUAAUUCGAAUAUAUUUACAGAUGAAAUUGGAUUCAGUUUUGGAGUUUUUACGUCGGUUUUGGUUCAGAUUUCAGAGUUCCACGGUAAACUCUAGACUAAGCUUUGAGGAGUUUGGGAAAAGCGAUAAGGUUUGUAAUAGGAACCUUUUUCUCUCUCGAAGACAAACCAAAGAAUCUCCGCCUCCCCCCCCCCCCCUCUUCCUCUUUUUCUCGUUUCUUCAUGGCUGCUCUCGCUCCCGAUAUGAUCAUAACCCUGGAGGUCGUCACUGUCCUCGUUUAUCUGGUCUCGCCGGCAGAUUGGGUUUCUUGUGUCGUGCUCCACAGACAGGGUUUUGUGGAGGGUGUGCAUAAAGUGAAGUCGGCUUUUUGGGCUCUUUGUCGGAGAUCUAGAGGUUAUCCUUUUUCAGAUCUGGUUCUCAUCCAUAAGGUGGUGGCGCGUGGGGGUCUGAGCAACGUCUCAUGUGCCAUAUCUGGUGUUCUUGCACUUGUUUCAGUUGCUAUCUUGCGGAUCUGGUUCGGUUUGGAGUCUGGUCUGCUUUGGUAUGUUUCCUCUUUGGGUGUCCCAAGGGUGGCUCCGUCGCUUGUAUCAGCCUCAAGAUUGACGUUAUUUGAUCUCGCUUCAGCUAGGCAUGCUCGGUGGUCUCGUUUCAGUCGUGUGCCAGCCUCGAGCUCUUUGGUCAAGUGUGUGAAUGUAAAGAGUCUUCAGGUUUCUACUACGUCUAUGUGGUGGGAGAUUUUUGGCUUUGAAACUGCUCCUCCUUUCGGUUGCUCCUCCCUCGUCCUCUCCGAUUCCUACAGGCUCUGUGAGGCUUCCUUGCCGUUUGGGUCUUGUUGGUGCCAUCAAGUAUUGGGGGUUUCGCUGCCAACGAGUUUUCUCGGCCUUGAUCAAAGUAGUUAUCGUCUCUGGUUCUCUGUUGGAAAUCGGGUCCGUGUUGUGAGCUCUUUUGUUGAGUCGAACUGAGCUCCUCUCCUGGUGGCAACUCGACCUUUCUGCUGCGGGCAGUGAAGACAUAAGCUUCUCCGUCUCCGGUGGUGUGGAGCCAUCCCGAGAAAGAAUAUCCGCUUCACAUUUGGUGUCUGCUCAUUGUGGGGUAUCGAGUAUAAAGAGUUGGAGUUUGGCAAAUCUAACUGUCACUUCAAAUGCUGGAAAGGCUUUGGUUUUGGUCUGUGCUCUUCCCUCGCCGCCAAUUCAGUCUGAGCUCUUCCUUUGCCACUGCGACAGCCAGUGCCGGAAAAACAUGAACUUGGAGUGGUUGUUGACUUCUCCGCCUUCCGCCUCCUCUCAUCAUUAAAAUUCAUCAAAGUGGGUUUUAACGGGCCGGAGACAACUUAGAUCACGCUUUAAAGAUUACGGCCCAAACUACCUAGUACAGUCCAAAAC